AUGGCUCUACGUUGCCUUGGUCUACUGCUUAGCAAAGAACUAUCUGCCUCCUUGCGUCAAACUCGCGCCUUGAGCACCACUUCGCGCCUUUCGUCCAGUGAUUUUUUGAAAAAUUCGCCCAACAAUGCCUUGGAUAAAUCCAUACUGAGCCGCUAUAAAUUCUUGGAAACCCCCAGUGAUCGUCUGCAAGCCACCUAUCUGUGGAUCGAUGGCACCGGAGAAAAUAUCCGCGUCAAGGAUCGUGUUCUUAAUAAAAUCCCCAAAGAUGUUUCGGAUUUACCAAAAUGGCAAUACGAUGGCAGUUCCACAUAUCAAAGUCAGGGUGAAAAUUCCGAUACUACGCUAGUGCCCCGGGUCAUUUAUCGUGAUCCCUUCAAGCCGGGUAAGAACGACAUCAUUGUCAUGUGCGAUACCUAUUUGCCCAAUGGUGAGCCAACACCUUCGAACAAACGUUUUGCCCUGCAGAAUGCAAUUGAUAAGGUGGGCCAUGAGGAGCCUUGGUUUGGCAUUGAACAGGAAUACACGUUGCUCGAUGUAGAUGGACGUCCCUUCGGCUGGCCUGCCAACGGCUAUCCUGCUGCCCAGGGGCCUUACUAUUGUGGUGUGGGAGCUGAUCGUGUCUACGCCCGGGAUUUGGUUGAGGCCCACACAUUGGCAUGUCUCUAUGCCGGUAUUGAUUUUAGCGGCACCAAUGCCGAAGUAAUGCCCGCCCAAUGGGAAUAUCAAGUCGGUCCCAGUUUGGGCAUUAAGGCCAGUGAUGAUCUAUGGGUCUCGCGUUACAUUCUACAACGUAUUGCUGAGGAGUUUGGCAUUGUGGUGACAUUUGAUCCCAAACCCGUUGAGGGACCAUGGAAUGGCGCUGGCGCCCAUACCAAUUUCUCCACCAAGGCGAUGCGGGCUGAUGGUGGCAUGAAAGCCAUUGAAGAGGCAAUUGAAAAGCUCAGCCAUCAUCAUGAACGUCACAUCAAGGCCUAUGAUCCCAAAGAGGGUAAGGAUAAUGAGAGACGUUUGGUGGGACGAUUGGAAACCUCCAGCAUUGAUAAAUUCUCUUGGGGUGUUGCCAAUCGCAGUGUCAGUGUGAGGGUGCCCCAGGGUGUUGCCACUGCUGGAAAGGGUUAUUUCGAAGAUCGUCGUCCAAGUUCAAAUUGUGAUCCCUAUGCUGUGUGUGAUGCUCUCAUUAGAACCUGUCUGCUCAAUGAGUAAAAAU